GCAAUCUGCGAACGUCCUUGGGAUUUCGACAUUGUAACAAGAAAAGCGUUUACCGUAAUAGGAAUCGAGGACAUCAAUUCGGAUGCUCGGCUAGUUGAGCCAGUAUCAUCAAGUGAAUCCAACCAUACUGUGGCUUGGUGUUGCCGAACUAAUGGCAUGAUAACCGGAGAGCUUAAAUUGGAGAAAUCAGGUUUUACUCCAGGUGAAAAGAUGAAUGCAUCAUAUAGGAAGAAACAUCUCCUUUCAGGGUAA